AUGGUGCUAUUCAAAUCUGCAUCCCUGUUACUUUUUCCUCUUCUGUCCCAGGCCAGUGCGGAUGCUCGGGUGAAACACGAAUGGUGGACUUCUCUUCAGCCUCAGGUCACUGCUGUUCAAGCUGAAGUUCUUGUUCCAGAUGGCUCAGCUGCCUCUAUUGGUAUCGGUUCUGCCACGAAGAAAUCGUCUCCUACAUUUUCGCCAACUUCGUCGAUUUGCCAUUCUACUUCGUGUCCGCCCAUCACCUUGACCCCGAGCAGUAUCCCGGCGGGCGUAGCUACCCAUGUCGAGUCUCUUGAGACGACAUUCACCGUGCCCGUCGGGUCGUCUUGGAGUAUUCGAUUUGCAGCACGUCACACUAGCGAGGCUGUAAAUGGCGGCUCGACGACAAAGCCUAACAGUGACGCCCCUGCGCUUCCCCUGUCUACACAUAAACCUUCUCACACCCCUAAGAAGAGCGGUACCCCAGGGGCUGCGGGUUCAAACAAUAAUAGCUCUCCUAAAGCCUCACCUUCCUCGAGCUCUUCAUCUGUGCAUGAUAAUCUUGCUUCCGGUAAUAUCGCUAUCAAUUCUCCGACCACGACCAACACUUUGAACAAAACUGGUGCAAAGAGCACAAACCCAACCAGCUCGUCCCGCACUCCACAUACUUCAACUACACCUAAGAGGCCGAGCACGACCAACACCUCUGAAGCUGGCACCUCUGCCUCCGGCGAUUCACCGCUUAGCACCUCUUCUUCGAGUAGCGUGCCUUUGAUCCAUACUUCCUCACCUCCAUCAAAUUCGCCUGCCAGAAGCCAAACAUCGGGAGCUUCUUCAGUGUCAACUAAACCAAAGACAGACCAAACCACUGAUGAUCACUCUACUCCCACCUCUUCGAAUACACCCGGUGAGCCUGAUGGGAAGAAUGGCCCUUCAUCUAGUGGGUCCCGGGUAAUUGGAACCAGCACCCCUGGAGGGAAAAAGCCUGCGACAGCCGUUUCGGAUAAUGGAGAUAAAUCCAAUACGGGAUCAGGACAGUCCUCUACGGGGAAAUCAGGUCAAAGCGAUACUCCUUUGAGUACAACGACACCUAAUGGUCAAUCUGCCACUUCCGGCCUAUUUGCCAGUGCAAGUCUGAAUGUCGCAUCAGCUCCCGACCUCGAUUCCCCAUCAGCAUCCGAGGCUCUAUCAUCCUUCUCUGGAUCUUCUUCGGUCUAUAUGGAGGCUAUGAUGACAUAUGAGCCCACCGCAACAGUCACUGCAAUUGAGACGAGUGUGUUGUCUAACUUGGAAGCUGCAACAACUAUCACUGGAGCUGCGGCUGCAACCGAUGGAGCUGCUCUGGCAGGAGUUGCGGCGGGGCUAUCAUUUGAUCUUAGCAAUCCGAAGAAGGUGAGGUCGGAUCUUGAUAAUACCAAGAAAAAGAUCACAGAGUAUCAACGCAAAUCAAGUGAGUCGAAGGGGGGAUCCUCUGGUGGAUCUUCCGGGGGUUUUUCUCCCUGUAGCGGAGGAGGUCUCGGGGGAAUUUUCAAUGUUGUUGGCUGCUUGGUGAAAAGUGUCCCAGAUGUUUUGACAGGGCCACCUGCGGAUGUGAAAAGCUUCGCUGAGACUGGCUGGGACGCCGAAAACGCUUUGAUUGACGAAGCCAAAAAUAUUGUUCCUGAUGAUAGCUCAGAGAUUAAAGAUGAUGUCAAAGAUAAGUUCAAGACCUGGAAGUCUUAUUGGGAAAAAGCCUCAAGUGUCGUUGAUGAAGUUGAGCAGAAGAAUAAGGAAAAUGAGGAAGAGGAGGAAAAGAAAUCGUCCUCAUCUACCUCAUCUACUUCAUCUACCUCAUCGACUACUUGCACAAGCAGCACCACAACCAUGUCGACGACUCUGAUCGACAUCGUGAGCACAAAAACCAUCACUUCAGAUCAUACAACAUCCACAUCUCUGACUACCUCUACGUCGACUGUCACAACGCUUGUGACAGUGUGUCCAGACAAAACUUUAUCCACAGCGAUCAGUACUACCACCGAGGGGAAAGCCUGCAAAAAGAGAUCUAAGAUUACAACAUCGAAUAUCCUUCCAAGUGAUGACCCUACAUCUACAGCGCAAAGUACAUCUGCGCCCUCGACGACAGCAUCCUCAAGUGAAAGCACAAGCACCUCAUCAAGCACAAGCACCUCAUCGAGCACAAGCACCUCAUCGAGCACAAGCACCUCAUCAAGCACAAGAACCUCAACAAGCAAAAGCACUCCGUCAAGCACAAGCGCCCAGUCAACUACAGCCACCACUGAGCCACCCUGUAAUCAGGAGACCUAUUCCAGGGUCGGGGUUCUUUGUGAUUGCACCACCACCAUCGGCACCAGAUCUGUAUAUGAAACAAUCACCACAAGAUCAAACGGAAAAUGUGAUUAUUCCACAUAUCCUGGUAGUGGGUUCAUGAAAUUACCUUCGGCAACUAUCACCGCACCGAUAUGCAAUAACACUCCAGAUGUCAAUGGUGUCCCAGGCUGCCAAUGCUCGACAACCAUUUCGGGCCAAGAUGUGCACACCAAUAUGGAGCUUCCGUACUCGACUGGAACAUUUACCGUAAUCGAUGAAUGCGCCCAGAUUACCAGUUACCCAUCAACGGAUUAUACUGCAACCCCAACGACACUGCCGGCAAAUCCAUACGCUACCGAUUACACCUACACCAGUGACGAUGGAGCUGUCGUCGUCUAUCCCACCGCGACAGAGUAUGAGUUCGUUGAGCCGGGAGGCCAGGGCUGGACGAACUGGGAAACGGUGCCCGUUGGUACGCCCACAGAGACCGUUGCAACAGCCACACCAACGGCGAACUGCGCCUAUUGGAAUAACGAGAGAUUGAGUAACACAUAUGUCAUCUACGGUAUCGAAAACUGGACCGAUAAAACAGCAAAGUACGGAGUCUGGCAAAACCUUCGCUAUGAGAUUGGGAGAAUUGAUAAGGAUACUGGCCUUCAGAUCGCUGAUCAUUGGAAGACCGGCUGUGGUGCCGUAACCAAUUGGCGCCAUCAGGAUGAUACCGACUAUGGUUACAUUGUCAAAUUCGAACCCGGACCUUGGGAACGACAACACUUGCAUAGAACAUGCGAUUCGUACCGCCGGUGGUCCUCUGAUGGUGGGUGA